AUGACGACUUAUAAUGAUCAAUCUCAACAAGAAAAGCAGAUCCAAGGUGACUUCCCACCAAUUAACCAAGCAUACCCAGAUGAAAAAGUUAAAGAAAAUGAAGGGUAUGAUUUAAGCUAUGGCAAUAAAUCUUCUGAGCCUGAAAUUAUCCCAGUCAAUUAUCAGCCUAAUCAAGCGUACAUCCAGCCUGAAAUGGUAAAUCAACCCUAUCCUCCUCCAAUAUACCCACCUUAUCAAUUAAACCAGCCUUACUCAACUCCAAAUGCUGCUCCAAUUCAAUACUCCAAUUUUUCUCAAGUAAAUUAUCCUUCUCAAUAUAAUCAGCCUUAUCAACAAUUUCCGAAUUACCCAAUCGAAAUUCCAGCUAAUUCAAAUCCUGUAGUAAAUCAACCUUACCCAUAUCCUCAAACCUAUAACCCUCCUCCUGCAAAUCCUCUAGUUGUAUAUCCACGGCCUUUAAAUCAGGAGCAAAAUCAAGGAAGAUGGGGAUUUUUAAGAAAUGUAUCUGAGAAUUCGCGCAUGAAAACAGCAAAUAAUGACAGAAAAUCUUUUAUUGUAAAAGUCUAUGCAUUGCUUUGCUGCCAAUUAAUUUUCACAGCUGUUUUUGUAGGUAUAGUCUGUGGAGUUAGCAGACUAAGAGAUGGGAUAAAAGACUUAAAGCCUUUAGUAAUAGUUUGCUGGAUAUUGACAGUCGUGAUCAUGAUAGCGAUUUUUUAUAGUAAAAAGUACUCAAAACGAUACCCAUAUAAUUAUUUAGCGUUGUUUCUGUUUACUUUAUUUGAAUCUUAUGUAGUAGCUUUUGUAUGUGCCUAUUAUGAGCCACUAAUAGUUCUUUUUGCUGCUGUAAGCACUCUUGCAUUGACAUUGACUUUAACAAUUUACGCUUGGAGAACCAGAAGUGAUUUUACUACGACUAGAGGUUGUAUUAUUGUUACUGUUUUAUCAUUAGCUAUGUUUGGGUUUUGGAUGAUUUGGCUUUAUAGCAACGCUCUAUAUUCAUUUUUUUGCCUUAUUGUUAUACUUUUAUAUGGGUACUUUUUAGUGUAUGAUACUCAGCUAAUUGCUGGAGGAAGAUACCGAGAAUUAACAUAUGAUGAUUAUGUUAUUGGGGCUGUACUUUUGUAUACUGAUAUCAUCAUACUGUUUCUCUAUAUUCUUUCUGCAUCAGGAAAAAAGAAUUAA